UUUGACAUUGUCAUAAUAAAAACAUGUGAGAUAAAGUGACGCAAUAUCGUAUUAAAAAUUAAAAUUUAUUAAAUAGUGCGAAAAUGUCUCGUAAAACAUUAAUCGAUUUCGUUGUAAAAUAUCAUAAGCCUCGCUUACUAAAUAACGUCGUACAAUUUCCAAGUAAUGGAAACUCAUUUUUUGGAAGACGCUUCAUAAUGCCCACAGCGGCAUCGAGCUCCACGACCAAAGCGCAAUCUCCAAGACAUUUCAGUACCUCAGUCACGAAGCUAAACGAAGUUCAACUCACGAAAGAACCAAAGAAAACCGAUGGAAAGUUCCAGUUAAUGUUUACUUGUAAGAAAUGCGAUACACGUAAUUCAAAGUUUAUCACGAAAUUGGCCUACUACAAAGGUGUUGUGAUCGUUAUAUGCGAUGGCUGUGAAAAUAAGCACCUGAUUGCCGACAAUUUGAACUGGUUUACAGAUAUGAAUGGAAAGAAAAAUAUCGAAGACAUAAUGGCUGAAAAGGGGGAGACGGUGCAAAAGAUAUUGUCAAGUGAUUUGGAGUUUAUAGCUAAUGAAAUUGUUAUUAAUGUUGAGAAACAAGCGUUAGAAGGCUAACUUCCCUUGCCAACUAAACUAAGUUUGUUCUAUUUCAAUAGAAUGUACAUGAAAGUAAAUUUAUUUCUUCUCUUACACAGAACAGUUACAAAAUUGAAUCUUAACGAAGUUUACAAAUUAUUCAUAAACUGAUUCAUCAAUUUGGUGUGAUCUGUAUUGAAUUAUAAAAACUAGCAUCUACUUUA